CCUCCCAGACGGAUGGACCUGGACGAGAUCCUCCCGGAUGUAGGACAGUUUGGGGCAUACCAAAAGCUGUUGUUGUACUUUGUACUAUUACCUUGUGUGUUGCCAUGUGGCUUCCACGCGUACAAUCAGCUGUUUAUGGCCGCGGCUCCCCAGCACUGGUGUCGUGUCCCGGAGUUAGACCAUUUGGACCCUUUCGUCGCCCGGAACCUCAGUAUUCCUGCGGAGUGGAAAGAAGGCGAGCCAGUAUUCAGUCAUUGUACAAUGUACGUGCGAAACUACAGUGAGCUGCGAUCACUACCUUCCAGUCAACACACUCUAGUGGACACAAACGUCACUAGCUGUAAACAUGGCUGGACGUUUGACUACUCCCAGUACGCCACUACUGUAGUGACAGAGUGGGACAUGGUGUGCCAAAAAGACUUUUAUAGCACUUUAGCACUAGUUUUGUUAGGAGCUGGGGGCCUUAUUGGGAACUAUAUAUUUGGAUAUCUGCAAGACAGUUUAGGUCGGAGGCCUUCAUUUUUCAUUUACCUAUUUAUAGAAUGUUUCUUCGGAAUCGCCACCGCCUUCGCUCAAGACUUCGCCACCUGGACGUUUUUUAGAGUCGGGGUAGGCUUUACAGUUCCUGCUAUUUUGGGCACACCAUACGUCUUAGCUAUAGAGCUAGUAGGACCGAAGCAUCGCACUGUUUGUACCAUCCUCACCAACAUAGCCUACUCUCUAGGACUAGUAGCUUUAGCAGCUGUAGUUUAUCUCAUAAGAGACUGGAGACAGCUUGCUCUGGCCACGUCUGUGCCUUUUCUAUCAUUCUUCCUCUACUGGUGGGUUCUGCCAGAGUCCCCCCGCUGGCUCCUGGCGAGAGGAAGGUUCGAGGAAGCGGAAAAGAUACUAAAAAAGAUGGUCAGAGUUAACGGGAAGUCUCUCCCGGCCAAUUAUAUGGUCCACCUUAAGAGAAAAUAUCAAGUAGAAAGAUACAUGCAACAGAAAGACAGCGACAAGGAUCAUAAUAGAAGAUAUGGUGUAAUGGAUCUUCUCAGAACACCAAACCUCAGGAGGAAAACUCUCAUCAUCACCUUCAUAUGGUUUACAAACACCUCGGUAUAUGUUGGCCUUUCCUACUACGCACCAGCUCUGGGUGGUGACGAGUUCCUCAACUUCUUCUUGGCCGGUGCUGUAGAACUGCCUACAUACAUAGUGCUGUGGCCAGCCAUGGAAUGCGCUGGUCGACGAUGGACCUUGUGUGUAAGCAUGGUUAUAGGAGGUCUAGCCUGCCUUGGGACUCUACUGGUUCAGCAGAGUCCAACAUGGACUCUAGCCCUGUAUUGUGUGGGCAAGAUGGGUAUUUCAUCCUCCUAUGUGGUGCUACCCCUGGUGGCAUCAGAGCUCUACCCCACAGUAGUCAGAGGGUUGGGAAUGAGUUUUAGCAGUGUAGCGGGGAUGGUGGGGCCAGUACUCAUACCCAUCGUCAACUACCUCGGGUCGGAAAUGCUGAUUCUGCCUCUUCUGAUCAUGGGAGCUCUCCUCGUCUCUGGAGGACUGAUAAGUCUUCUGUUACCAGAGACGCUACAUCGUCAUCUGCCCCAGACACUUGAAGACGGUGAAGAAUUCGGUGGAACUUUAAUUGGUUGUUGUCCUAGCUACAAAGUUGGCGAUGUAGACAAACAUGGAAAACCUCCUCCAACUAUAGUUCCUGAAUCACCAAUUAAAAGCUUGCUGACAGCUGUUCCAAAGGAAACGCCACUUUCUACCCCAGUGGCUACUGAUGGGACGUCAUCUACUGAUGUAACUUCGGACACUACCUUGUCAGUGCAGGAGCAUACAAUGAGAGUCACUGUAGUUUGACAUUCUCUAGGCAUCCACCCUUUUACAUACACUAACUACAUCUAACUACUACACACGAGCAUUUACGUUGUUUGUCAAUCCUUCUGGACCAACGUAACUUCAUAAACUAUCAAGCUAGACCUUAACUAUGUCUAAUUACAGACAUACGUCUACUUAACUGAACAAACAUUCUGAACCAACGUAGCUAAAUGAACUAUUAAGCCAAACCUUUACUAUACCCAAAUACAGACAUACAUCUACUGACCAAACAUUCAGAACCAACGUAACUUCAUGAACUACCAAGCCAGACCUUCACUAUACCCAAUUACAGACAUACAUCUACUGACCAAACAUGCUGAACCAACGUAACUUCAUGAACUACCAAGCCAGACCUUAACUAUAUCCAAUUACAGACAUACGUCUACUUAACUGACAAAACCUUCUGAGCAAACGUAACUUCAUGAACUAUCAAGCCAGUCCUUAACUAUAUCCAAUUACAGACAUACUUUUACUUAACUGACAAAACCUUCUGAACCAACGUAACUUCAUGAACUAUCAAGCCAGAUCUUACCUAUAUCCAAUUACAGACAUACGCCUACUUAACUGACCAAACCUUCUGAACCACGUAACGUCAUGAACUAUCAAGCCAGACCUUAACUAUAUACAAUUACAGACAUACGUUUACUUAACUGACAAGACCUUCUGAACCAACGUAACUUCAUGAACUAUCAAGCCAGUCCUUAACUAUAUCCAAUUACAGAUAUACGUUUACUUAACUGACCAAACCUUCUGAACCAACGUAACUUCAUGAACUAUCAAGCCAUACCUUAACUAUAUCCAAUUACAGACAUACAUCUACUGACCAAACAUGCUGAACCAACGUAACUUCAUGAACUAUCAAGCAAGACCCUAACUAUGUCCAAUUACAGACAUACGUUUACUUAACUGACAAAACCUUCUGAACCAACGUAACUUCAUGAACUAUCAAGCCAGAUCUUACCUAUAUCCAAUUACAGACAUACGCCUACUUAACUGACCAAACCUUCUGAACCAACGUAACUUCAUGAACUAUCAAGCAAGACCCUAACUAUGUCCAAUUACAGACAUACGUCUACUUAACUGGCAAAACCUUCUGAACCAACGUAACUUCAUGAACUAUCAAGCCAGGCCCUAACUAUAUCCAAUUACAGACAUACGUCUACUUAACUGACCAAUCCUUCCGUACCAACGUAGCUUCAGGUUACGAAGAAUCCCAAACCAUGUGAUUACAGUCAGAUGUUUCCUUCUAGUUGGCCAAACGUCUUGUACCAAAGUAACUUAAAAUAUUAUCACGAUAGACUCUAACUACACUUAACUAAAUAUAGACAACUACCUCUUUGGCAAAAUCAUAGGACAUCAUCAUGUCAGUGCAAAAACUCACGUUAAAAUUACUAUAGUCUUGAUCAGUUUUAAGACUGGCUUACGACGCGCUAUCACAUUUUUGCCGGUCGUUGAGUACCCACAUAAUAUGUUAAGCUUGUACCGAUGUAAAAAAUUUGUUUUAUAAAUCUGUUAAUAUUCUCCCUUUGUUAGGAUUAUUCAUUUAAAAACAAAGGGGUACCUCUAAUGUUAGUGGAGAAGAAUAUAGUUAUAAAAUAAUAAAUGUUUAUUAAAAUCAAUAUUUUUUUUCAAAAAUCUUAAGAAAACGUUUAUGUCAAGAAACUUUAUUUACCGGUAUAUUUAUCUAAAGGCGUAAGAAAUUAUGGUUUUAAAAUUAUGUUAGUUUUUAAGUACAUAAGAAUUUUUUACAUACUUUCUUACCUUUUUACUGUUUUCCAGAUGGUAUGUGACCAAAUAAGUAAGUCUUAUUUAUUUUUAUUCAAUAUCAAAUUGUGUGAGAUUGCAAGAAGUAAUUCGUCAAAACUUUAGUUUAUAACUUUCACCUCGUGCCUUUGAAUAUUUUGUAUAAGAUUAUUACGUGUUUUCAAUAAAUGUAU